AUUAAUUUCAAGCACGACAGCUAGAAAGAUGGCGAAAUUAAACAGCCUACUCGUAAUCAUCCCUUUCUUCACUCUCUUCGUCCUCUCCUUCUCGGUGUCGGGGCUUAACACGCGUGUUGGAGGGAAGACGGAAAUAAGCAAUGUGAAGGAAGACAAGGAGGUGCAGGAUCUGGGAAGGUUCUCGGUGGAGGAGUUCAAUAGGAGGUACCCUCGGCACGGUGGCAACGGAGAGUUGGUUUUCUCGGAGGUGGUGGAGGCGCAGAAGCAGGUGGUGUCAGGGAUAAAAUACCAUCUGAGGGUGGAGGCGACGCAGAAUGGGCUGAGCAGAGUGUUUGAUUCGGUGGUGGUGGUCAAGCCCUGGGCUCAUUCCAAGGAAUUGCUUAACUUUUCCCCCAUUAGCGAGAGAUGAGAGGAAAUCCGUUUUGUUUUGAUUUUUGGAAUAAUUAAUUACUCGUACUAAUGUUGUUGAAUAAUUAUAACAUGCAUGUAAUAUUUCUGCGAGGAUGUAUUUUGCAUUGAGGAAUAAAACUAUGGAAGAAAUAAUUGAUAUUUUUUUAC